GGGCCAGGCCCGGAGCCGCUCCCCGGCCGCCAACGGUGGGAGUUCGUACUCGAGCCAUCCCAACAUUUUCACUGGUCUGCACGCUCAGACGUCACCGAGGGGGGCAAGUCUUUGCUUCGUGACGGGCACCAGGCGCGAGGCAACACGGGUGCUUCUUCUCCACUGCUCGUGUCACCCUAUGGAGAUUUAAAAUUCUUUCCCGGGACGAAGUCGCGUUGGGCAUUGGUGUGUGUCGUGUCAGGUGUGUGCUGCUGGUGUUGAAGCAUGGUGACAGUGGCCAAUGCCAAAUCAGGAGCAGCCAUGCAGCAGGUGCUGGAUAACCUGCACGAGCUUCCUCCUUCCUCUGGAGCCAAAGACAUCGACCUCAUCUUCCUCCGCGGCAUCAUGGAGAGCCCCAUCGUACGUUCACUGGCCAAGGCCCAUGACCGUCUGGAGGACGUGAAGCUAGAAGCAGUAGGGGACAAUAACCUGGAGCUGGUGACCGGCAUCCUGUCCGACAUGAGUGGGCUGGUCACCAAGGAUGACAGCGCUGCGGAACUCUCCAGAAUCCUCACAGAGCCGCACUUCCAGUCCCUCCUGGAGGCUCAUGACAUGGUGGCGUCUAAGUCCUACGAGGUUCCGAGCCUGGCGAGUGUUGCAAGUGAUCUGACCAAUCAUGAUGUGCCGGCCCUGCCUGCCGCCCCUGCUGACACCAUACGAGUCAUCAGCAUCCACAAGAAACCCGCGGAGCCCCUGGGCGUGACGUUCCGCAUGGAGCAGGGGGACCUGGUGAUCGCCCGUAUCCUGCACGGCGGGAUGAUUGACAGGCAGGGCAUGCUGCACGUGGGUGAUGUCAUCAGGGAGGUCAACGGCCACGAGGUGGGGGAGGGGCCAGAGGAGCUCCAACGAAUCCUGAGAGAGGCCAGCGGUGACGUCACACUCAAAAUCCUUCCCAGCUAUAGAGACAUGCCCUCCCCUGCACAGCUGUACCUGAAGCCACAAUUUAACUACAAUCCUGAGACGGACAACCUGAUCCCCUGCAAGGAGGCGGGGCUUGCAUUCUCACGCGGAGACGUCCUGCAUGUGGUCAACAGAGAGGACCCUAACUGGUGGCAGGUCAGCUUAUUGUGUGUGUGCGUGCGUGUGUCUGUGCGUGCGUGUGUGUGUGUGUGUGUGCGUGCGUGCGAGAGGAAGGCGUUUGUCAGGAGAGACCUGGAUGGAUCAGGGGUCUUAUGUGGUACCAUACCUGGUAAGAAGAAGAAAAAGAAGUUAAUGUACCUCACAGCUAAGAAUGCAGAGUUUGACAGGCAUGAGCUGCAGAUCUAUGAGGAGGUGGCACGAAUGCCUCCGUUCCAGAGGAAGACUCUGGUUCUGAUUGGUGCUCAGGGGGUCGGACGACGAAGCCUCAAGAACCGCCUGAUCGUGCUGAACCCGCUCCGCUACGGAACCACAGUACCCUUUACAUCACGGCCGCCCCGGGGCGAGGAGAGCGACGGCCAAUCAUACUGCUUCGUGAACCGGCCGGAGAUGGAACAGGACAUCAAGGGCGGACGCUACCUGGAACACGGCGAGUACGAUGGCAACCUGUAUGGAACCAAGAUCCAGUCCAUCCACCAGGUGGUCAACACCGGACGCACCUGUAUCCUCGACGUCAACCCACAGGCUCUGAAGGUACUGAAGACAGCAGAGUUCAUGCCAUUUGUGGUGUUCAUCGCGGCUCCUCAACUGGACACACUCAGGGCCAUGCACAAGGCUGUGGUGGACGCAGGAAUCACCAGUAAACAGCUCACGGAAACGGAUCUGAAGAAGACGGUGGACGAGAGUUCUCGGAUCCGCCGUGCAUACAGCCACUACUUUGACCUCACCAUCGUCAACGACAACUUGGACCGGGCCUUCGACGCUCUGCAGGCGGCGGUGGAACGCCUCAGUUCUGAACCCCAGUGGGUUCCCGUCAGCUGGGUCUUCUGAGGGUUCCGCAUUGCGUUCCGUUUGGGUUUGCUGGACCGGGGCGUGGUUCUGACGCCGCGGAAGGACAGAGAGGGCUCUGAUUGGCUCAUAUCAUUGAGGGUGUGUGUCUGGAGACCACAUGCUCUGCCUUCUCCACACUAUGCAAACUUUGAGCGAAGACUGCUGAGCAUAAGGGAAAAGUGUGUGUAUGUGUGUGUAUGGUUGAGCGAAGACUGCUGAGCAUAAGGGAAAAGUGUGUGUGUGUGUGUGUAUAUGUGUGUGUAUGGUUGAGCGAAGACUGCUGAGCAUAAGAGAAAACUGUGUGUGUGUGUGUGUGAGCUGUCUGAUAAUUUAUUAAUGUUUUUGUAACUUUAUACAAACAUAAUUCUAUGCAUAUUCAUGAGAACGUGUUGGAGGAGGGUGUGUGUGUGUGUGUGUGUGUUCAGAGGCUACUGCUUUAAGAAAGUUCUGCCUCAGUUUUAAAGGGAAGAUGGUAUGUGUGAGGCUGGGAGAGAGUGUGUGUGUGUGUGUGUGUGUGUGUGUGUGUGUGUGUGUGUGUGUUAGAGUAUGUACUGCCAGGUGUGUGUGUGGACAGUGUCCUCUCCAUUAGGGCUUUUCCACCAUAAGGGGAUCACAUAGAAACCAAACGCAUAUAAAGGAACACGUCUGUGCAGCUGGAACAGCUGUGUGUGUCUGUGUGUGUAAAAUACGUAGGUACUCCUAAACUAAACGUUGGGCUCUGAUGGCACACUGCAGUCAUAUACAGUAAUGAACACGAGACAUUUUACUGGUGCAGUGUGUGUAUGUGUGUGAGGGAGAAUAUUAUGUAUGCAUGAGUCUGAAUGUGUUAACAUCUGGUGUGUGUGUGUGUGUGUGCACGUACAUGAACCUGUCUGCCAAGUGUCUACUUCUGUGUGUUUUGUGUGUGUGUGUCAGAGAGAGAGAUUCAUUCCCAGCAGUCACAACUCAUCUAGGUUCACACACACAUCAGUCAUAUGACUUUCCAUCUCUGAAGAGGAGUGUGUGUGUGUGUGUGUGUGUGUACGUACGUACUUGUACACACAUAUACACACACGUUAGGUAAAGUCUAAUAAAGUUAUGUCUUUCUAAAACA